GUGCCGGAAGCGUGAAUCCUUAAUUUUCCGGAAAAAGGCAUCUCGCCGGUCGUACGAUGGGAGUUUUGGGAUUGUGGAAGCUGAUCGAGCAAUCCGGCAAACCAGUGCCGCUGGAAACGCUGGAAAACAAGGUGCUGGCUGUUGAUGUUUCGAUUUGGUUGCACCAGGUAAUUAAAGGGUUCCAAGAUUCGAAAGGUAGCGCAUUACCGAAUGCGCACGUCCUGGGUUUGUUUCAUCGGCUGUGCAAGCUCAUGUUCUACCGUAUUAAGCCGAUUUUCGUGUUCGACGGAGGUGUACCGGUGUUGAAAAAGCAAACGAUCGCCAAGCGGAAUCAAAGCCGCAAUAACUAUCAGAAUGAAGCGGAUCGCAUCCAGCAGCUGCUGCUGGAGACACUCGCCAAAGAGAAGGUGGUACAGCAGGCUCUUGGUUCUGCGACGAAUAUCCUGAUAACACCUUCAAAGAAACCACUACCAGCUAUUGGCGGUAGUGGAAGUAAGCAGCAGCAAGAAGAAGAACCGGAUGCAAUGUUCAAACUGCCACCGAUGAAGCUACCCGAAGAACCGAUCGACUUAGACAAGAGCGACAGUUCGAUGGAUGAAAAGGCUUCACGGAAUUACUAUCACCUCAACCUGAACGCAAUCGACGUUACUAGCGUGUAUUUCAAGAACUUGCCGGCCGACGUGCGGCAUGAGAUACUGAACGAUAUCAAAGAAACCCGCAAACAAUCAUCCUGGGGCCGGCUACAUGAACUACCCGUUCAGAGCGACUCAUUUUCCUCCUUCCAAAUGUCGCGCCUUCUCAAGCGUCGACAGGUGCAGGUUGAACUCGAGGAAGCGGAAAAAGAAAUGGGCGGAAAGUGUUUGUCGCUGGCCGAACUGGAAUCAUUGCUAAACGAGGAAGGGGUUGAAACGUCAUCGAGCCGAGCGGCACAGCAGAUUGCUUCGGAUGAAAACACACGGUUUCUGUUGGUUCGGGAUGUACAGAAAGCAAUUGAGAAGGCAAAGGCUCGCGAAGAAGAGGAGAAAAAUGCACCGAAACCUCCCAAAGUACCUAAACUGGUUCGCGAAUCCAGUAACAACCAACUGGAUGAUGAUAAGGAAAUGGAUGAAGAGUUACAGAUGGCGAUAAAAAUGUCGCUUAUGCAGGAUGAAAACCCUACCGCAAUGAUUGAGCUGGACGAUGAUGAUGUGCGAAUGUCGCGGCAGCAGAAACAAGUAUUGGGAAAUGCAGCCCGAAGUCUUGCCCGUGGGUUUAUGCUAGAGUAUGGCGGGCUUACGAACGAAGAGUUUAACGAGCUGCUGCACCAGACGCAGGACGUUGACUGCGGUGAUGUGAACGAUUCGAUGUCACAAAUGUUUGUUUAUAAUGAUGUUUCCGUCAUUGAACCAGCAAUAUCGGCCAAAUCUAUUCAAGAGGAAGAGCCUACGAAGCAUCCAGCUGCCAGUGAGCCAAUUGUUGUAACAGAGAAAAGUAAUAGCGAGUCGGAAACGGAAUCUGAUUCCGACUUCAUUGACGUUCCGUCGGAUAUAUCAAACGAUUCGGCCAUCGGGAUAUCGUUGCCGUUGAAUAAAACGAAUCACCAAAAGCCACACUUCAAUCCUAUCGUGGACCUUACGAUCGAUGAUUUAGCCAAAUAUAGGAAUGGUGGAAAGAACGCACAAACCAAAAAUUCGAAGGAAGUGGUGGAGGUGGUCAUCAAAAAGGAAGAGAUGGGAGUUUGUGAUGAGGAUGACAUCUUUGCUGAUGUAUUCAUGGCAGAUAAACCCAUAAGCAAGACAAGCGAACCAAAACCUGCUAUGGCAUCCAUUCCGAUGAAGCUUAUCGAAGGUAUAGUUGAAGAACGAAAUGAAAAUCCUAAAAAUGUACCGAUUGUGGUGAAACCAAUGGUUGGGUUAAAGAUUAAAAAGGUUGAUGAUAUUAACGCCCAACUCAAGGAACAGUUAGAACAGCUACGUAAAGGACCAUCGGUAUUGGAUCUGGAAGGUAUAGUUCCUGUCUCGACAGCGGCGUUACCGAAUCCUUCAACACUCGAUAAAGUGAAUAUUGUUUCACCGCAACCAGCAACGGAUUUGAAAAGUAUCCACGAAACUCUGAAGCAGCAACUGGCAGAAUUGAAGACAAGUGCUAUGCCUUUGGAUUUGAAUGAAAUUGAUAUUGAAGCGACAGUAAAGGAUAAACAGGCUGCAACAGAAGAUGAGGUGGAUAGUGAUGCAACGAUUAUAUGCGAAGGGGAAUCUCCUGAUGCUACCAUACUAUUUCCCACAAAGUCGAUUAGAGAAGGGUCCAUCGGAAAUUCGAAGAGUGAUAUUACAAAACCUAACAUGGACGAUGAUGUUGCCAUUAUAUCGCAAAAGCCAACAGUGAUAGAAAUUCUCGACAGUCCAACGAAGAAAGGAACUCUGGAGCAUUUAAUCGUUGCCCGCACUCCGGGCAAAGAUACGGAAAAGAAACAACUGGCCGAAAAGGAAGAGGAUAUACCGAGCGUGGCAAAACCCUUCUUCGUGAAUAAAACACCUCCAUCUUCCAAGAAAGUGUCUUCAAAUGAAGCUACAAACGAAGGUACUUCCUCCGGCGGUAGUGUAGUGAAGCAGUUGUUCCCACAAAUAAUCGAAACUGAAGCAAUACCAUCAACCAGUAAAGGUCCUGCUAAACCGUCCGUUAGCGCUGACACUCUGAUCACGGAAAUGGCCACAAAUUUAAAAGAUUCCCGCACACCGCUAGAACUGAAGCAGAUGGCACUCGAUCUGGCUCAAAACGAACGGGAGCUCGAAAGGGAGAAAAACAAACAGAACCGCCUUGGCGUUUCCAUUACCGAUCAGAUGCGUAAUGAUUGCAUGGAACUUCUGCAGCUCUUUGGCGUACCUUAUAUCGUGGCACCGAUGGAGGCGGAGGCGCAGUGUGCGUUCCUGAAUCAGAUUGAGCUGACUGAUGGUACGAUCACGGAUGAUAGUGAUAUCUGGUUAUUUGGUGGACAGAAGGUGUACAAAAACUUUUUCAACCAACAAAAGCUAGUACUGGAGUUUACGAUCGAAGGUAUCGAGCAAGCGUUUCAGAUGGACAGGAAGAAGCUCAUUCAGUUGGCCUUGUUGGUGGGCAGUGAUUAUACAACUGGGAUCCACGGUAUCGGUGCCGUGACGGCUCUAGAGAUAUUGGCAUCGUUUCCACCUACGCCGGAACAGCCAGGCGAAACAUCGGAGCUAAUGUCGAUGCUUUCGGGGUUACGAAAGUUUCGCGACUGGUGGCAGCAUAGCCGUAACGGAACAGCUACCACCGGGACACGCAUUGCUUUGAAAUCAAAAUUGAAAAACAUUGAUAUCGCAGAGGGUUUCCCUAAUACGGGUGUUGUCGAAGCUUAUCUGAAGCCGACGGUCGAUUAUAGCGAAGAAGAGUUCACUUGGGGCUACCCCGAUGCAGAUCGGUUGCGGGAUUACGCACGACAAAAAUUCGGCUGGACUCGUUCGAAAACGGACGACAUAUUACUACCGGUACUGAAGCGAUUGGAUGAACGUAAAUCGCAGGCAUCGAUAAAGAACUACUUCAAAGUCCAGAGUGCCGUCGCGCAAAGUCGGGUAAAGGUUAGCAAACGGGUACAGUACGCGGUGGAUACGAUGGCUGGAAAGAUCGAUUCUGCGGUAGAUGAAGCAAAGGCAGCAAAAAAGAAGAGUCCUGCGAAGAAAGGCGGCCGCAAGAAGAAGUUAGGCACGCAAGCAUCUUCUACAACAGAUGAUUCGGUUGAAACAGGCGUCUUGGGAUCACAAGAGAACACCGGUGUGACAGAACCAGUCUCCGUUGAUACUGACGAUGAUUUUGCGGAGAGCAAACAACCGACGAAAAAACCGACUGCACGUAAGAAGGGUCCUGCUAGUGGUCCUUCUGUACCAGCAAACGCUGGUCAAAAGCCAAAACGAGGCCGCAAGAAAGCCGUUGAGCCAGCACAAACAGCCGCCACAUCACCUUCGGAAGAUACGAUGGCCGGCCCAAAGCACUCACUUGCGAACAUCGGAGGAAUCAUUGCCAACAUCAACAGUCAAUCAGCCAACAGUUUGAAUGAAGAGACCGCGGGAACUGGUCGUGCGAGACGCGGUGCAAAUAAGAUACCCGACUUUAAUCCAGCCAUUCCCCAGAGGGUCAAGGACGAGCAGGAGAUGGCCGAUCGGAAACAAAAAGCGGCGGAACUGUUUAAGAAAUUGCGUGCAGAGGGAACCACGAAAGGUAGGAAAAAAGCUGGGUAAAGGAAAUGUCCAAGUAUUGCAUUGCCUUUAUAAUAAAUUCGUCUUUUUAUUCUGCAAAUGAAUAUCGAUUUGAUCGUUUUUUCGGUAUUCAAGAAGUUUCUAAAAUAUUCAUUGAAUAAAUAUGUUUUCAAGUACAAAG